UCCUUCCAACAGAAUAUUCCAUUCUCCACAGUCCCAUUCUGUCUCAACUCACUCUCUCUCUCUCUCACUACAAAUGCAGAUUAUGUAUUCUAUUGCUAUUCAGUGAUUGCUAGUUUCUGUGUGUAUGUGUGUGUGAAAAUGACGGACACAACAGACGACAUAGCAGAGGAAAUCUCGUUCCAGAGCUUCGAAGAUGACUGUAGAUUACUCGGCAGCCUCCUCAAAGACGUUAUUCAAAGGGAAGCUGGUUUUCCUUUCAUGGAAAAACUCGAGCGCAAUCGAGUCCUCGCUCAGAGUGCUUGUAACAUGAGGCUGGCAGGGAUAGAGGACACAGCUGAGCUGCUCGAGAAGCAACUCUCAUCGGAAAUGUCCAAAAUGACAUUGGAAGAAGCCCUGACUCUUGCUCGAGCUUUCAGUCAUUAUCUCACCUUGAUGGGUAUUGCUGAGACCCAUCAUAGAGUACGUAAGACACGUAAUGUGGCAUACCUAUCAAAAUCUUGUGAUGACAUUUUCAAUCAGCUGGUUCAAGGUGGAGUUCCCCCAGACGAGCUUUACAAUACUGUCUGCAAGCAGGAGGUUGAGAUUGUUCUGACUGCACAUCCCACGCAAAUCAAUCGACGUACCUUGCAAUAUAAACACAUUAGAAUUGCGCAUCUCUUGGAGUUUAAUGACCGACCUGAUCUUGGCCAUGAAGAUCGAGAUAUGCUGAUAGAAGAUCUGGUGAGAGAGAUAACAUCAAUAUGGCAAACAGAUGAACUAAGACGCCACAAACCCACACCUGUAGAUGAAGCUAAGGCUGGCUUACACAUUGUGGAGCAGUCCCUUUGGAAAGCUGUACCUCACUAUUUACGUCGUGUCAGCAAUGCUCUGAAGAAGCAUACUGGGAGGCCACUUCCCUUGACAUGCACACCGAUUAAAUUUGGAGCUUGGAUGGGAGGUGACAGAGAUGGAAAUCCAAGUGUCACAGCAAAGGUCACAAGAGAUGUCUCUCUUUUAUCCAGCUGGAUGGCUAUUGAUCUCUACUUCCGGGAAGUUGAUAAUCUAAGAUUUGAACUUUCCAUGAACAGCUGCAGUGAUAGAUUGUCAAGACUAGUUCAUGAAAUUUUAGAAAGAGAAAAUUCCGCUGAGGAUCGGCAUGAGAAUUGGAACCAACCACAAAACUGGAAUCAAUUGAAGCAUCAUGACCAACAAGUGCCUUCACUCCCUACACAGCUACCAGAUGGUGCUGGUCUGCCUUCUUGCACAGAAUGCCAGGAUGGGGAAUCUCAGUAUCCUAGAACAGUACUUCCUGGGACAAAUUACGUGCUAUUGAAUCAUCAGGCUGGCCAUGGUACUUCAAGAUCAGGCUCUUCAUUCCACGAUUCAAAUCACAGCUUGCAUAAAAAAUUUGUAGAUGGAAAUAUAGCCAAUUCUAAUAACUCUCCUGCUGUGUCCCCACGUUCUGCCUCUUUCAGCUCUAGUCAACUCGCUCAAAAAAAACUAUUUGGCGAAUCUCAGAUAGGAAGGACCAGCUUCGAGAAGCUUCUAGAGCCAAGCAUGCCUCAACAACCUACAAUGGCCCCUUACAGAAUUGUUCUUGGGCAUGUAAAAGACACGCAAUCAUGUGGAUCUGGAGUGCUGGCUGAUGGUCGGCUUGCUGACUUAAUCCGACGAGUGGUUACUUUUGGGAUGAAUUUAAUGAAGCUUGACUUGCGUCAGGAAGCUGGUAGACACUCUGAUACGCUCGAUGCAAUUACCAAAUACUUGGAUAUGGGUACAUAUAGUGAGUGGGAUGAAGAAAAAAGGCUGGUGUUCUUGACGAGAGAGCUAAAAGGGAAGCGGCCUCUAGUUCCUCCAACUAUAGAGGUUCCUCCUGAUGUUAAAGAAGUCUUGGACACUUUCCGUGUUGCUGCUGAGUUGGGAAGUGAUUCACUAGGAGCGUAUGUGAUUUCUAUGGCUUCAAAUGCGAGUGAUGUCCUGGCCGUAGAGCUUUUGCAGAAAGAUGCUCGUCUUGCUGUUUCUGGGGAGCUAGGCAGACCAUGCCCAGGUGGAACGCUACGGGUGGUUCCUCUGUUUGAAACUGUAAAGGACUUAAGAGAAGCUGGCUCUGCGAUCAGGAAAUUAUUGUCGAUUGAUUGGUACCUGGAACACAUAAUUAAGAAUCAUAACGGGCAUCAGGAGGUGAUGGUUGGAUAUUCUGAUUCGGGUAAAGACGCUGGCCGAUUUACUGCCGCGUGGGAACUAUAUAAAGCUCAAGAGGAUGUUGUAGCUGCAUGUAAUGAGUAUGGUAUUAAAGUUACACUGUUCCAUGGGCGUGGAGGUAGUGUUGGUCGUGGUGGAGGCCCAACAUAUCUUGCCAUUCAAUCGCAACCACCUGGUUCUGUAAUGGGUACCCUUCGGUCAACCGAACAGGGAGAAAUGGUGCAAGCCAAGUUUGGGCUACCACAAACAGCUGUUCGACAACUAGAAAUCUACACUACAGCUGUGCUGCUUGCUACCCUACGCCCUCCACUCCCACCUAGAGAGCAAAAAUGGCGUAAUCUAAUGGAGGAGAUUUCAAAAAUCAGCUGCGACAGUUAUCGAAGCACAGUAUAUGAAAACCCAGAAUUCCUAGCUUACUUUCAUGAAGCUACCCCACAGGCUGAGCUUGGUUUCCUCAAUAUAGGAAGCCGGCCCACGAGACGAAAGAGUUCCGGAGGGAUCGGACAGCUUCGCGCGAUUCCAUGGGUAUUUGCAUGGACCCAAACCCGAUUUGUUCUUCCUGCUUGGCUCGGAGUUGGAGCAGGCUUGAAGGGUGUUUGUGAAAAGGGACAUACUGAAGAAAUAAAAGCAAUGUACAAAGAAUGGCCUUUCUUUCAAUGCACCAUAGACCUUAUAGAGAUGGUUUUGGGAAAAGCUGACAUUAAUAUAGCCAAGCGUUAUGAUGAAGUUCUUGUCUCCGAUAGUAGGCAACAGAUUGGUGAUGAACUAAGGAGGGAGCUUCUAGCAACAGAGAAGUAUGUUUUGGUGGUUACUGGGCAUGAGAAAUUAUCAGAGAAUAACAGGAGCUUGCAGAGGCUGAUUGAGAGUCGGCUUCCUUAUCUCAACCCCAUCAAUAUGUUGCAAGUGGAAAUAUUGAAGAGAUUGAGACGGGACGAUGAUAACCAUAAACUUCGUGAUGCAUUGCUCAUUACUAUAAAUGGGAUUGCGGCUGGGAUGAGGAACACUGGUUGAGAAUCAUAAACCUUUCUCGAGCGACGAGUCUUCGGUUGAAAAUUAUAGUUCAUAAAGCAUAUAUUAGCAUAUAUUUUGGGCUUCUUUUGUUUAUGAGUUUAUAUAUCCAUGUUAUAGGAUGUGAUGAGAAAUUUUACAGAUGGUGUGAAGUUAGAAUAUUGUGGUCACUGCAUUGGGAUAAGUAAUCAUAUACCCAAUGGUCUAAACUUUGUUUGAAGUAUAGUACAUAAAUGGAGUGUUAUUUGCAGCUAUAAAUCCAAGAUUGUUGA